AUGGCGAAGGGUACAGAUCCUGCGCCUGAUAGUGGCAAGACGCAGACGCAGAGGCACGGCGUGCUUCAGCCGAACUCCGCUCCAGCCAAGUCAGGGCGACGACUCCGGCGCUUCCUGGUCGUCGUGGCGGCCGCAGUUCUACUGACGAGCUUGUGGACGCUGUCAUCGUCCAAGCUCCAUGCAACCCACGGGCACUCUCCGCUCGAAGUGCUCCCUGAGCACUACGUGAUCUGCUCGCCGACGCAGCAAGGUCGACUCCAUCUUGGCGAUGCCGACUCCGGCUCGAUCUACACGGGCGACGAGCAGCAAUUUGCAGAGCAACAGGGGUUCGCGCAGUGCGUCGGUGUGGAUUCGGGAGUCAUCACGCAUGUCGGAGCUGAACACGAUGUCCUCGACGAUUUCUGUGCCGAAAGUGCCAGUCCAACGUCGCCUCGGCCUGGCAAGCCACAGCAGAGGCGCCGCCCGCACAGCAACAAGGCAGCACGCCUCGCUCGCCGCUCCGGUACCCACAACCAAGACGGUGCUCUCAAGAAGCACGCAAAGUGCGAGGUACGCAGGCUGCGCUAUGGACAAACGCUCUAUCCCGGCUUUCACGAUGCACAUGGUCACAUUCUCGACUACGGCUGGUCGCGCACGGUGGCCAAUCUGGUGGGUGCCAAAUCGGUCGACGACGUAAUCCAGCGACUUGAGGAUUAUGUUCGCUCGAAACCGCACCUGAUGGCAUUCGCGCUUGCGGACGACUCGUCGGAUGUCGGCCUCGAUGCGAAGGAGGCGCUGCCGUGGAUCGAAGGCAUCGGCUGGGACCAGACCAAAUGGUCGCCUGCCGCAUUCCCCACGGCGGCCGAUCUCUCGCGCUCGCCGCUGCUGCGCCGCUUCCCCGUCGUCUUGCGUCGCGUCGACGUCCAUGCUCUCUGGCUCAGCCAGGUGGGCCUCGAUAUGGUCGUGCGCGGCGCCAAGGGUUUCCCUCGCACGCCAGCCGAGGAUGACAAGGUACAAGGAGGGCUCGUGGUCAGGGAUGACUACGGCGACCCCACCGGAAUCCUCAUCGACAACGCCAUGAACUUUGCCUACCAGGUGGUACCCGAGUGGACGGACGAGCAGCGCAAGCUGUUCCUCGAUGCAGCCACCGAGGGUCUCCUCCGCGUCGGAAUCACGGCGGUAGGCGAUGCAGCGACCGACCUCAAGGCAGCGUCGUUCUACCGCGCCAUGGACGCGCAGGGUCUACUGCGCUUCCGCAUCUACUCGAUGCUCGCCUGUCCGCCAGGCGAGAGGCGCUGCGCGCACCGCAUCGAGCAGAUCCGCCCCACCUCCGCCGUCGGCGCCAACCACACCAUGUUUACGCUGCGCGCAGUCAAGCUGUUCAACGACGGCGCGCUCGGCUCGUGGGGAUCGGCCAUGUGGGAAGACUACGCGGACAAGCCGGGCGAGCGUGGUCUACUGCUGAUCCCAGAGCACGAACUGCCUUCGCUCGUCGAGUACUGGCUCGAGCGCGGAUGGCAGGUGUGCACGCACGCCAUUGGCGAUCGCGCCAACACGCUCACGCUCGACGCAUACGAGGCGUACCUGCGCUCGCAUCCGCAUGUUGCCGCCGACGAGCUCCGGCCGCGUGUGGAGCAUGCGCAGCUGAUGAAGCCCAGUGAUCUUGGGCGGUACGCCGAGCUGGGUGUGAUCGCGUCCAUGCAGCCCACGCACUGUACCUCGGAUAUGGGAUACGUCGAAAAGCGCAUUGGCCGCGAGCGCGCAUCGCAAGGUGCGUACGCGUGGAAGUCGCUGCUGCGCGCCAAUGCCAGCCUGGCGCUCGGCUCCGACUUUCCCGUCGAACUGCCCGAUCCGCUCCACGGCAUCUACUCGGCCAUCACGCGGCUGGACGAAUCCGGCGACUCGCCCCACGGUGCUGGCGGGUGGUAUCCGCAUGAGCGACUCUCACGACGAGAGGCACUCCGAGGAUUCACGCAGGACCCUGCAUUUGCGCAGUUCGAGGAAGCUAUGGCGGGCAGUAUCAGCGUCGGCAAACGAGCUGACUUUACCGUGCUCGAUCGCGACAUCCUCGACGAGCAGGCCGUGAGCCCGAUCAUGCUGCGCAAUGCAAACGUCGACGCUACGAUAGUCGGCGGCAAGGUCAUGUUCGAUCGAUUCAUCGCCGCGACCUCGUCGAAGGAUCGUGGCAGCAGCUCCUACGGAACGCGAUUUGAAGUCGCCAUGCGGGCGGUAUGGGAGGCACUGCUGGCACGAAUACCGGCGUUCAACUCGGCUACACUUGCAUGGACACUGUUGGUUGUAGGAGGCAUUUGGGUGGUGGCCGGCUCGCACGCGAGUGAGCCGUACCAGACGCUGUCGUGUCUGGCGCUCAACGUGCGCGCGCCCACGACGGCGUGGAUGAACAUGGGAUUCUGGACGCCGCAGCUCUCGCGUCGCGAGCUCGACUUUCCAGUCGCAUGCCAGACGCUCGCCGAACAGCUGUACACCGCAGCCGGAGUCAGACCGGGGCUCAAACUUCUCGAUGUCGGCUGCGGUGCGGGCGAGUCGACGCUGUUCCUGCUCGACAGAUUCGCACCCACACUGCUGCAUGCCGUCACGAGUCUUCCGGACGAGGCUGCGUUUGCUGCCGAGCGCCUGCAGCUCCAACUGGCGGAAAAUAAGCCGGCGCCAGAGGUCAAGGUGUGGGCGCGGGAUAUCCUCGACUGGCUCAGAACGGACGAGGGGGCUGGCGAAAAGUACGAUGUGAUUCUAGCUCUGGACUGCGCAUUCCACUUUAGCGAUCGGCCCGAGUACAUCCAGCUAGCAUCUCGACGCCUCAACCCGGGUGGGCGGCUGGCAUUCGUCGAUCUGCUGUCCGCCUAUCCUGCACCUCGCGAUGGCGCAGCGAGGGUGCAGCUGGGUCCGCUGCCUUUCCCGCAAGAGGCGCCGUCGGUGGUUGAGCGCUUGAAACACAUGUUCACAUGCACGCUCGCAUCGGUGAAGCCAGCCAACCUUUGGCCCGUUGACGCCUACCACGCGGAGCUGGUCAAAGCCGGAUUUGCGCCCGAGCAGGUGAUGCUGCGCGACAUUACCGCCGACGUGUUUCCGGGCUUUGCACGCUUCCUGCGCGGAUUUGCGACCGAAGGCGCGGCGUGGAGAGGCGGCGGCUGGACCAUGCGCAAGGGCUUGGGCGCGUUCAGCAACGUCGUCCGCGCGUGGAGCCAGGAGGGCGGCCUGGUGAGGUGCUUCAUCGUCGUCGCGCAAAAGUCUGCCGACGAGCAGCGGCGCGCUUGA